CGUAUUGAGGGUCAUGCAUGACCCUUUCGGGUUUAGCGCUUAAGAUAAGAUUUGUUGAAUUUUCAACCCGGGGGAGGAUUAGUCACCCAGGAUAACCCAGGAGAGUGAGUGCGUCAUCAAGGAGUGUGUGUUAGUGGAGAACAGUUGUCUACUAAUACCCAGGUACCUUCUUACUGCUAGGUGAACAAGGACAGCAGGUGUGAGGAAACAUGCCCAACGUUUCCACCCAUGCCAGGGAUUGAACCAGGGACACUCGGUAUGUGAGUGUGUCUUCGACAUGGCAACGAGACGAAACCUUUUCCAGGGCCAGUUUGGCAUUAAUGAAACUCCACUAACAAUUGCCAUAGAAUAUGGAAAUUUCAAGGAUGCAGAGGACAUUAUUCAAGCUAUCAGUGACCCAUCUUUUCUGAAUGAUGGCCAGUAUGAGAACAUUCCUCUCCACAUGGUAUUAACUAAUAAUCACCACCACACAGAUCAAAGCCGUAACUUGAAAAUUGCAAAAUUGCUUGUCCAGAAAGGUGCAAAUCCUAAUCUACGGAUACCUUAUGAAGACCUGGACAGAGCAUCACCUAGUCCUUUUGAAGAGCUUGUAGUGUACCAUGAGGUGCUUAAAUCUUAUGUUGAUGGAAAUUCUGAAAUACUGUGUGAAGAGUUAAAUAUGUACUUCGAAUUAGAAGAAAUUAAGUUAGAAUUUAUUACUAACACUGUUGAUUUUGAAGGUGCCAAGUGCAUGCCUACCAUUGAAAGUUGCCAUAAGCUAAUUAAGCAAACCAGUGACUUGAUUGAUGUUUUUUUAGAGUAUGGUAGUGAUCCUAACGUUGUCACAACUUUUGCCCACAAAACUCUCUUCCACUGGGUUAUUGAACAUGAAGAUAUUGAAUUGGCAAAACGUUUUCUAGACACUUGCAGAGUUAAUUUAAAUCUUUGUGACAUUCAUGGUAAUUCCCCAUUGAUGGAUGCUAUCUUAAGAAAUGACUGUGAAAAAUCACUUAGUUUGUAUGAGGCCAUGUGUGAUACUGUAGAUUUUAUUGAUGUAAAUAUGCACAAUUGCUGUGGUGAAACGGCACUCUUCAGAGCAGCAUUUGUUGGAGCGAUAGAUUUAGCGUCGAGGUUGUGUGAGUAUGGAGCUCAAAUACAGACGAAUGUUUCUCUUUCUCAGGUUCCAAUAACUUAUCCAUUUCAGUGCUUAGGCUGUUCCAGUUCACGUAUUCAACACAUACUCCAUUUAUCAACUCCUUUAUUAGCACCAUUAUUGGCUGAUGCUCCAACAAGACUCCGUUAUACUCAUGUUUCUUCACAAGAUUUUGAAGCUGAAAUAAGUCGCCCACACAAACAUCUUAUUGAUAAGAUUGUUUCAUCAUCUGUUUCUCCUCUAAUAGACAAAGGAUGUUUUAAUAAUCAAGCUGUUGCUUCUGAAGUAACUUCUCUCUUAUCCUUGAGUAAUUUUGAACGUUUAAGAGAUGGGAGAAUUCAGCCAACAGAUUUAAUACUGCUAAUGUUUGGACAGGUGUCUGCAGGCCUUCGCCAGUUGUGUAUUCGAUCUCUUUUUGAUUAUGUUUUUAUGGUGUCAGAAAUACCAAAGAAGACGUGGCCAAAUUUAGUUCUUCAUGACUUGUGUAUCAAAGAUUGCAAAGGGGCAUUAAUGGAAUCUUACAUGACAGAUUUAAUAGAAUUACUUGGGCUUCCACAAUCCUUUACAAUAUUUUUUGAAAUUGAAGCUGCUAAAUAUCAAAUUUGCAAGUUAAUUAUGGGUCUUCAGAGUGUUGAUUGUGAUCAAGCAUGUUCAGCAUCAGAAGGAUCAAUGUUUGAUGACGACGAUGAUGAUGACGAUGAUGAUGAUGGGGAGUCCUAUAGUACUUCCAUAUUCUCAUCAGAUUAUGGAGAUUCCCUUCUUUUCUUCUCAUCUGACAUGUUAAGUGAGGAAUCGUCAGAGGAAGUUGAAGACCUCUCUGAAGAAUCUUUCUCACAAAGUGAUGAAGAUGAAAAAGAGAAGGGCUCUGAUGGGACCAAAAGAGUAAAUGGAGAGGCUAGUGCACGUAGGAAACUUAAAUGUGACUUAAGCUCGAGCUGUGAGUCUGAGGACAUCAGAGUUGUUGUUGAGUCUCUGUGUGAGGAUGUUGCUGAAAAUGUAGCACAUCAUGAGCAUUCUUUGGAGUGCUGUGAGAAUUACCAAAGGUUCAAAGAUGAGUCAACAGUAUCAACUGUAUCAGAUGGGGAGUUGACUGUAAGCGAGCCUUUGUCAGACUCAUCAUGGUAGAUCAUCUAAUAGAAAGGUAAAAGUAAUUUUUGUUGUUAGUUAUUUCUUUAGUUUUAAAUAUGAAUACUGAUUCUUGUGUAAUAUAGUACACAGAUACAGUAAACAUUUUUUGUGGCUAAAAUUUAGCAAGCUGAAAUUGAUGUUUUACUUAAAUAUUUGUAGAAGCUGUUUCAAAUACAGUACACAUUUGCCUCUACUGUGCACCAAAUGAUAAAAAUCCUUAAGUUAAAUGGAAAGAACAACUUUGCCUAUUAUCUGAUCUUUACUUUGCAGAUGCUAAUUUAAUGUCAAAUAAAGCAUAUACUGCAUUUGGUAAAUCAGUGACAAUUUAACCCUUUGACUGUUUCAGUCGUAUAUAUACGUCUUACGAGCCAAUGUGUUUGAUGUAUAUAAGUAUACUCAAAAAUUAUAGUGGCUUCGAAUCAAGUGGGAGAAAACUGGUACUCCCACAUGUGAGAGAAUGGGUCUGUGUGGUCAGUGUGCGCAGUAUAAAAAAAAUCCUGCAGCACACAGUACAUAAUAAGAAAAAAAGACUCCGACUGUGUUUUUGGAUUAAAACACUGAUUUUGAGGUGUAUUUUCAUAUAGUAUUUAUUUUUUUAUUCUUGUUUUCUUGGUCUCAUUUAUAGAAUGGAAGAAAUAUUAUAGAAAUAGAGAUGAUUUUGAUUGGUUUCACUAUGAAAAAGACCUUGAAAUACAGAACAAAGUACAUAGUGGAAAUGUUCGAUUUUUGCUGAUGUUCAAGAGUAAACAAAUGACAUCAUUGUCCAAUAAAUGUCCAACUAGCCGUUCUAAUUCAAAAUAGAAAGCAAGACUAAUGUAAAAGGGGCCUGAAGACAUGACUGAUGAACAGAGAAAAUGUUAUUUUAGUGCCAGGAAUGUCUGCAUUGUUCAUUCUGGACCCUAUUUUGAAACUGGCAUAUUUUUUAAUUUGUGUGAAAUUGGCCAAAUUGCCAAUUUCUGGCCACUUUAUUGGGUAGUUGAAAUCGGCAAAAGGGCAGUUUCUUGUACUUGAUCGAUAGAACAAAUGGAGUUUGAAAGAAAUAGCUGUGAGUUUGGUUGACUGGAACAAUGGAAUUGGCCAAAGAUAGGGCUCAAAGUGGGUGAAAUCGCUGAUGCGUAAAUAUUGCCAAAAUCACUAACUUUGUGAAAGCGUAAUACUGAAGUUUUCCAUCAAAUUUUGUACUUUUGGUGUCAUUAGCAUCAGGAAAAGAUUCUUUAUCAUUUCAUAAGAAAAAAUAAUUUUGUUUUUUUCAAACAUUUUGCGACACUGAGAGACUAGGAU